UGUCGCUAUAACAACGAUCGCUGAUCAAGCAGUUGUUGAAUCAAAUAUGCCCCUUAACUUGUGGAACGUGGGUUUUCUCUUUGCUCUUUUCGUUCAACUGUGCGUUGGCGCCCCGAAUGGAUCGCCAUACGAUAGUGCAGAUUUUAGUGAAAUCUCAAAUUCAAUUCGUAUCGAUGAAGUACCCGAGUUCGAUCUUCUCAUCUACACACAGCGCUGGCCCAUAACGGCCUGCUACGAAUGGCGUGAGCAUAAUAAAGACCACAUUUGCGGCCUCCCGGAUCCCGAAACCAGCUGGACAAUACACGGCAUCUGGCCGACCAAGCUAAACACUGUUGGGCCAGCCUUCUGCGAUAAAUCUGCCGUGUUCAAUGUGUCGCAGCUGAGCGCGAUCGAGCAGCAGCUCGAGCAGCACUGGAUCAACGUUGAGAAGAACAAACCAACGGAUUCUCUGUGGGAACACGAGUGGCUCAAGCAUGGCACUUGUGCCGCACAAGUCGUUGAACAGUUGAACACUGAAGCCAAAUACUUUGGCCAGGGUCUCGCCUGGUUGGAGCAGUACUCGGUCGGAGCGGCAUUCGCCGCGAGUUCCGCGAUCAAGCCGGGCUAUAACUACAGUCUCACGGCGAUGAACAAAGCCCUGUACGAUUACUAUGGGAAGGAUCUGGCAAUCGAGUGCUACCACGAUUCGAAGACUCAUCUACAGUUCCUGAACGAGGUUCGCAUCUGUUUCGACAAGCUCCUGCAGCUGACCGAUUGCGAUGGAAUAGUGGGAUUGGAACGGAUCGCAUUACCGAGCUCGCGUGUCGCUACGGUUAUUAGCAACUGCAACGUCGGCAAACCGAUUUUCUAUCCUGCGAUGGUACCCGAGAAGCCGCAGAGUGGGGACGUGGCUCCGGAAAAGCUUUUCCAAAUGCUUUACGAAGUGUCCAACACACAGAACGGCGAAGGUGCAAAAGAAUCUUAUGAGUUUGUUGAAGUAAUCUUCGCUUGAACACGUUUGCAUAAUUAUAAGGUUCUACUAGAAUAAAAUGAUUUCCUAAAUUUCAUCUGUUCACGAUUGCGCAUUCGGUGCAUAAAUUGUAGAAAAAUAGAAAGAAUAAAAACGAAUUCACAAAUAAUU